CAAGUCUACUCCAGUGAUAGCAUAUAGAAGGAACUUUUGAGAUAGAGAUAAUGUGAGGAAUAGUGAUAUACGUCCUGCGGUAGAUAUGAUGAACAAUGAAUAUGGGAUUUGUUUUUCACCUAGUAGCAAAGGAGAUGAUGAUGAUGAUGAUGAUGAUGAAAGGAUAAUUUUUAUUGAUGUUCCACAUAAUAUGCAAAAUGAUCGCCCAAUUAUGAAGAACGUAAGGAUAACCGAAGUAAAAAAUGAUGGUGCUAUGGUUACGGAGAGGAAAAGGAUAGUAAAUAUAUCCAACAUAAACUUCGAGUCAGGGAUGACCAGAUUUGCAGUGCAUGGAGUUGAUUCUCUGCUCAAUGGUUGCUUUGAAGAGCUUCAUAAUAUUGAUAAUACAUAUUCAUGCGACCGUAAAAAUAAGUGAAUAAGGAGUUGCAUUGACCAUAUGAGCUGUAAAAAAGACAUGAAGUGGGAUAAGGGGAGUACUAAAAACAGAGUUAUCAUCAUAGACAUUGUCCUAUUAU